UUGACCUGUUUCAAUAUUCUACAAUUGUUUACGGAUAACUUUGUAUUGAGACACAAAUAUACAUAUGAUGUAUAUAACACCUAUGAUAAGGAAUUGUUGUGAAUAGUUUCCUAUUUAUGCAAGUUGUGAGUGAGACAGAAUUGAGUGUGUAACAUGGUUGCCAGGAUGUUUCGGUACAUCCUUCUGCUUUCUGCUGCGACAGCGGUGCUGGCAUACAAGAACCCGCACUAUGCCUCCGGUCGAACGACCAUGGUGCACCUCUUUGAGUGGAAGUGGAAUGACAUAGCCGCUGAAUGCGAGAGGUUCCUUGGUCCAAGGGGAUUUGGUGGUAUCCAGAUAUCUCCUCCAAAUGAAAACUUAGUUAUAUGGUCCAGAAACCGCCCGUGGUGGGAGCGGUACCAGCCCAUUUCCUACCGUCUGGUCACGCGGUCUGGUAACGAACAACAAUUCAGGGACAUGGUGCGACGCUGUAAUAACGUCGGUGUUAGGAUUUACGUGGACGCCAUCAUCAAUCACAUGACAGGCACGUGGAACGAAAACGUCGGAACUGGUGGUAGCACCGCUAACUUCGGCAACUGGCAUUACCCCGCUGUGCCUUAUGGCAGGAAUGACUUCAACUGGCCCCAUUGCGUCAUCUCUGGUAACGACUACCGAUGCUGCGCUGACAGAGUACGUAAUUGCGAGCUAUCCGGUCUCAAAGACUUGAACCAAGGUUCUGAAUAUGUGAGGGGCCAGAUUGUCGGUUUCAUGAACCGUCUCAUUGAUAUGGGUGUCGCUGGAUUCAGAAUCGACGCAGCGAAACACAUGUGGCCCGGCGACCUCCGGGUCAUCUACGACAGGCUACACAACCUCAACCCCAGCCACGGCUUCCCCCAAGGGGCGCGCCCGUAUAUCUUCCAAGAAGUAAUUGAUCUUGGCGGCGAGGCUAUUAGCAGGAACGAGUACACUCCCCUCGCGGCGGUCACUGAAUUCAGAUUUGGCAUGGAACUUAGCAGAGCGUUCAGGGGCCAUAAUCAGCUUAGGUGGCUCUCCACUUGGGGUCCAAGCUGGUCGCUUCUAGCGUCCAACGAUGCUCUCGUCUUCAUCGACAACCACGACAACCAGCGUGGCCACGGUGCCGGCGGUGACAUAUUAACGCACAAGCAAGCGAAACAAUACAAAGGCGCUAUCGCCUUUAUGUUAGCUCAUCCGUACGGCUGGGCUCAGCUGAUGAGCAGCUUCCACUUCACUGACACGGAAGCCGGACCUCCAAUGGACUCCAAUGGAAACAUCCGAUCGCCUACGAUCAACUCUGAUAAUAGUUGCGGCAACGGUUGGGUGUGCGAACACCGCUGGAGACAGAUCUACCAAAUGGUGGCAUUCAGAAACGUAGCUGGCAACACCGGAGUGACCAAUUGGUGGGAUAACGGAAACAACCAGAUCGCCUUCUGCCGCGGUGGACAAGGUUUCGUUGCGUUUAACAACGAAAACCGCGAUUUGAACCAGAACUUGCAGACUUGCCUGCCAGCCGGUAGAUACUGCGACGUGAUCUCUGGUGAAAAAGUGAAUAAUGGUUGUACCGGUAAAACUAUCACAGUGGACGGCAAUGGACGUGCACAAAUACAUAUUGGUUCAAACGAACUCGACAUGGUUCUAGCUAUCCACCGCGGGAAUGAGUCAAGACUGUGAGGUUGACACGCGUAAUGAAGAUUGCUGAGUUGUGAUAAAAGUGUUUUUAUGUAAAAAGAAAAUAAAAAUUUAAGAAGAA